GAGUCCCAAAGCUGUACCAUACGCCCAUCCACAUCCACUGACCCCCUAUAGAUCUUCAAAAUGGUAUGUCCCCAACUAUCUACGACUUUUCCUCAGCGCCGCACCCGAAUAGAUGAGAAGAGAGAAUUGGAGAAGGGGACGAUGGAGAGGACUUUGACGAAGAUGGAGUGGUGGAAGAUUUUGCAGGCAGGGAUUAGACGAGGGAGAGACUGUGUGUUGUCGAAAGAGGGAAAGCAGGAGAUCAAGCGCGGCGCUGGGAGAUCGACAAAUAUGGUGUUUUGGAGGAACGUCAAACUGACUCGUCUUUAGGCCGAGAAGACUGCCGCCGUCAACCCCAUGAAGGAGCUCCGUAUCGAGAAGCUCGUCAUCAACAUCUCCGUCGGAGAGUCUGGUGAUCGACUUACCCGUGCCGCCAAGGUCCUCGAGCAGCUUACCGGUCAGACCCCCGUCACCUCCAAGGCCCGAUACACCAUCCGAUCUUUCCAGAUCAGGAGGAACGAAAAGAUUGCUUGCCACGUCACCAUCCGAGGUCCCAAGGCUGAGGAGGUUCUCGAGCGUGCGUUGAAGGUCAAGGAGUACGAGCUCAGGAGGAGGUGAGUCUUUUCUUCUCGAGGAUGAGUGCGGAGCGUGAGGAUGCGCAUCUCUGCGGGGGCUGUCGGAGAAAGGGAGCUUGCACUGACACCCCCCAUAGGAACUUCUCCGAGACCGGCAACUUCGGUUUCGGUAUCGAGGAGCACAUCGACCUCGGUAUCAAGUACGACCCCGGAAUCGGUAUCUUCGGUAUGGACUUUUUCGUCGUGAUGGGCCGACCCGGUAUGAGGGUUGCCAGGAGGAAGCACGCUACUGCCAAGGUUGGCUCUAGCCACAAGGUCCGCCCCGAGCAGUACGUCUCUCUCUCUCUCUUCAGUCUUUGGCCAAGGGGAAGGAUGAAAGCUGACGCAGUUGAUAGGACCGUUGCUUGGUUCAAGCAGCGAUUCGACGGUAUCGUUGCUCGUUAAGAGUAGAUGGAUGUCCUUCGUUUUGUUGGGUAGCGGGCAGGAUGUAUUGCAUACGACCA